AUGAGUUCUAUCAGAAGACUUAUUCGGACUAUUAUUUUUCGAUCAUUGUGUAUCACACCAAUGGAUGAUCCGACGAAACCUAAACGUGACCGAGCGAAUAAAAAGAACAAAAAACAACAAAAGAAAGAAUCUACAAUUGAAAAACUACGUACGAACGAUACGAAUGAGAAAACUCAGGAUGACAAUGAUGAUAAUGUAUUCACUGAAGAAUCACAGCCACAACAGAAAUUACCUGAAUCAAACGUAUCUGCAGAAGUUCUCGCUACAACGACUAUCAUGUCUUCAGCGCUUAAUCGCCCUGCAUCUGUAACCUCAACAGCAAGUAAUCAAAAUACUCCUAAUCUAAGCAAAAAACAAGUCAAACAAUCGAAACCUGGCUCAGAAGCAAGCUCCAUAGCUGAUGUUUCAGAAAUUACUGAACGCAUGGUUAGCGCAACCAUACAACAAAAUCCCAAUGGCCUUCCAACAUCUAUUCAACCUAAACCUCAAUUAACUCGAGCCGAGCGUCGCGCUGUACAAGAAGCACAAAGAGCCGCCAAACAAGCCAAGCAAAAACCAGGCACGCCUAUUCCGAAAUCCACCGAUACACCUCAACCAUCUGCGACAUCAAAAAAACCUAUUGCUGAUCAUACUCCUACGCCGUCUAUUUCCACAUAUCAGUCAACCAUUCAUCGAGUUCAAUCUGAAGCUGGCGAAUCAACUAUGUCAGUUAGCUCCAAACCUUUGAGACUAACGCCUGCUGUCGGUGCUCCUAGCGUACUUUCUAAUCAAUCUCAACAAAAGCGUCCGCCAAAGAAGACGAAUAACGAACGAGUAACACUGUUUUCCCAUCUAACCAUUUAUACCCGCAAUCUGGAAAUACUCUCAGUUAAAGGUGACUCUGACUUAGUACAUCCUGCAAUUAUCAAAUUAGGUUUACAGUAUGCUUCAAAGCAAAUAGUAGGCUCGAAUCUACGCUGUGUUGCAUUUCUUGUUGCUAUUCAAAAAAUGCUCGAAGAUUACGAAGGACCACCAGGGUCAAACAACUCUUCGAUACUCGAUCCCGGUGAUCUUAACACAAAACUAAAAACCAAUAUCAACUUUCUAACUAAAUGCCGUCCCAAUGCAGUAACCAUGGGUACAGCUAUACGUUAUUUGAAGACGCAUAUUGAACGUAUACCACGAAAUAUAACCAAUGAGAAAGCAAAAGAAUUGCUCAACGACGUCAUUCAAAGUUUUCUUCGAGAGAAAAUUGAAUUAUCGGGCACAGCUAUUGCAGAGACGUAUGCCAUUACGAAAAUUACUAAUGGAGAUGUUAUAUUGAUAUUCGGAUAUUCUUCAUUAAUUAUGCGCAUUUUGGAAGUGGCUGUGAAACGUUCGAUUGAUUUUCGAGUUAUUAUUGUUGAUUCUCGUCCACAACAACAUGGUUUGAAAUCUGCUCGAAGGUUAUUAGCAUUAAACGUCAAGUGUACUUAUAUUCUAAUCAAUGCUGUACCAUUCAUAAUAUCAGAAGUAACGAAGGUUUUACUCGGUGCUCAUGGUUUAUUAGGUAAUGGCUAUGUUAUGAGUCAAAUCGGUACAGCACAAAUAUCACUUAUUGCAAAAACUCAUAAUGUGCCUGUACUUGUCUGCUGCGAGACAUACAAAUUCUGCGAACGUGUUCAAACAGAUAGCUUCGUUUCUAAUGAACUUGGCGAUCCCGAUGACUUAACUCGCGACCAUCCACUUCUUCACGAUGCGGUGUCCUCAGCAACGUCAGCAACGGAAAACUCCAAUUCCAACCUAAAUAUUCUCAAUAUGACCUAUGAUGUCACACCACCAAUAUUUAUCAGUGCUGUCAUCACAGAAUUAGGUAUUCUUCCAUGUACAUCGGUUGCCGUAGUCAUUCGUAUGCAAAAUAAACAACUAGAUGAAAUUUGGGGACACGAACAGCAAGCAAAUACAUCAACAAAUUCCAACACGAGCGCGCAUAAUCCUUCUUCAGAAACUGUUCAAUAA